UUCUCUUCUUCAUGACAAAAUUUUGCAGGUAGUAGUUGUCCAGGUUAUAGAAUACGGUUCAAACUCAAACAUUCUUACCCAACCCAUCACCGCUGACCACGUUCUCGGCCAUCCCGGAGCAGUCCUCCGACGCCGCCUUCCCGGUAGACCUCUCGGAGGAGCUGUUCCACGGGAUCAAGUCUGCAUGCGGGUCGAAUGCUUACUCGAGUCAGCACCAUCCCGGGUCUCAACCCGUCAACCAGAACAAUUGAGAUCGAAACCCCAAUCGACACAGUCGUACGGAAUUCCUCCGUGGACGCGAGCUUCCGGAAGCUGGGGAUAGAGAAGCUGAGCAUCAGGGAUAUCCAAAGGCUAAAGUGGGAGACUCUAGAAAUGAAGAUCCGACGGUGGAUUCGGGUCGCAAAAUUAUGCGUUAGGGUACUGUUCGCCAGCGAGAAAAAGCUAUGCGAGCAAGUUUUCGAGGGUUUAGGCACUGCUACCGACGAUGCUUGCUUUAUGGAGAUAAUCAAAGGUCCGGCUAUCCAGUUUUUUAAUUUCACCGAGGCCAUUAGUAUCAUUCGGUGGUCGGCGGAAAAAUUGUUCAAGAUACUGGAUCUUCACGAUGUUGUCCACCACUGCGACAGAGCCGUAAGAAAAUUCGGUGGGGAAGCCACCCGGGUCAUUGGCGUGGCUGUGCGAAGGAGAAGCCAGAAAUGGUAUUGCAGCUGCUCAAGAGCCAUAUAGCUAUGGUGAAGUGGGCAAUGAGAGAUAUGAUGUGAUUGCCGUGGGAGGAGGUCACGCCGGCUGCGAAGCAGCUUUGGCUUCAGCUAGACUUGGCGCGAAAACACUGCUUCUUACACUUAACAUCGACCGCAUA